AUGUCAAACGCGAAAGCCAUCUCCCUAGACGAUAUGAUCGCCGAAAAUCGUCGUGCAAGAGCUUCUGAGAUCGCCAGCGCGACCAUGGGUAGACACCGCAGUCAAGGCUCAAACGUACCUACGGGACCCGCGAAACUAAACGGACGAGGGAGUAUUGGAAAGCGCGCCGCGGCCUCUGGCAGUGGCAUCGGCAACUUGGCCCCGGCCACUGGCCUCAACGGAAAAUGGACACACGACCUGCAUCAGCAUAACAACGCAUCGCGAGUGUCAAAGCUCCCUACGACACUUUCACCCGCCAUUGCCCGCUCCCUCCAGGGCAAUAGACUUUUCGCAGCCCUGCAUGGGGCGCAGACACCUACCGGCCCGUCGGCAGAUCUAAUUCCUAGUGGCCCGAGAAAGAAUCGUGGCGCAAACAUCCGCGGUCAAGCCUCUGGCUUCUCGAUCAAAGGUUUCGCAGGGCCGUUCGUGGUCCAAGCGUCGAAUUUUGCACCUGGAACCACAGCGGAAGACAUCAAGAUGGCAAUGUUGCCACUGGGAAAGAUCCUGAGCUGCAUCAUCCUCUCUGCAAACCCUACGGUCAUAUGUGAGAUCGUUUUCGAAAAGAAAGAAGCUGCAGAUCAGUGCAUUCUACAAUACAACAACCAGCUUGCUGAUGGCCGCCUUCUUCACCUUACGCUUAAGCCUGGUCCACCAGUCAGUAGGCUCAUGCAUCAUGGCGGAGCCGCUCCAAGACCGCCUCCUAGACAGACAGACCCGAAUGUGGCUCGCGAGGAAGCCGAUCGUCAGCGUAGGUUGACCAAUAUCAGCUACCAAGACGGAAGCUAUGGUGUUAGGCCACCACCACUGUAUUCCGAUGCCCUUGUUCAGAGAGGGCGGGGGUUUAACAACAGCCGAUAA